AUGGCAUUCAAACAAGCAAGAAGAAUCGGUCAGAUUGGCGCUUGUUCAGCGCUAGCGUUGGGCUUAGGUGGCGCGUAUUUGCAAACCAUCCACAACGAUACGUUGGUUGAUUUUAAAUCCAAGUUUCCGCCAAUCGUUACCAAUGUGGAGAAACCCCCCGCAAGGGAUGAUUUUUUAAAAAAACUGGGGGAACCGGUCACAAAAUUGGCCGAGGAAUUAUCCACCAAAGAUGCCCAGUCCAAGUUUGAUUUAAUCAUCGUCGGAGGAGGUGCAACAGGUACCGGUGCCGCUCUCGAUGCCACUCUUCGUGGUCUGAACGUGUUGUUGCUGGAAAAAAAUGACUUUGCGUCCGGCACUUCGUCCAAGUCAACAAAGAUGGCACACGGUGGAGUUAGAUAUUUGGAAAAAGCCAUCUUCCAGCUCUCCAAAGCCCAGCUUGACCUUGUCAUCGAGGCUCUGAACGAAAGAGCGGCUAUUCUCAACAAUGCGCCUCAUUUGGCCACCUGUUUGCCGAUUGCUAUUCCUGUUUACAAAUACUGGCAACUGCCAUAUUUUUACGCCGGAUGUCUGUUGUACGAUUUAUUUGCCGGCUCCCAGGCCUUGAGAUUUUCCUACAUUUUGAGCAGAGGCUCUCUGUUGGACAAGCACCCUCAACUUGACUCCGAGGGGCUUGUUGGAGGUUUGGUUUACCACGAUGGUUUGUUUAAUGAUGCUAGAAUGAACGUGUCUUUGGCUUUGACUGCCCAGAAACACGGUGCUACCGUGCUCAACUACAUGGAAGUCAAGCAGUUCUUGAAAGACGGCGCCGGAAAGAGUAAGGGUGUUCGUGUUGUUGACGGCGAGACCAAGAAGGAGUACCUUGUUGCUGCCGAUGCUAUUAUUAACGCUACCGGACCUUACUCCGACGCUAUGUUGUCUAUGGAUGAGAGCGCCAACGGAUUACCUGAUCCAAAGGUUCUGGAACAUCCAAAGAUGGUGGUUCCUUCUGGUGGUGUCCAUGUUGUUCUUCCUGAAUGGUACUGUGCUAAAGAUAUGGGUUUGUUAGAUGCUUCUACCUCUGACGGUAGAGUCAUGUUCUUCCUUCCAUGGCAGGGCAAGGUUCUUGCUGGAACCACCGACGUUCCUUUGGAUAGAGUUCCAGAGAACCCUGUUGCUUCGGAGUUUGAGAUCAACGACAUUCUGAAAGAGUUGCAACACUAUGUUAAAUUCGAGGUCAAGAGAGAAGACGUCUUGAGUGCCUGGUGUGGUGUCAGACCUUUGGUCAGAGACCCAACCACGGUCACUAGCGAGAACAUGAAGUCCACUCAAGGACUUGUUAGAAGCCACUUGAUCUUCAAGUCUCCAAACGGCCUGAUCACCAUCUCCGGAGGUAAAUGGACCACUUAUAGAGAAAUGGCUCAGGAAGUUGUCACCGAGACCAUCAACAGCACUCCUGAGUUGCAAGCCAAGAACCCAAAGCCAUGUUCCACCAAAGACUUCAAAAUCGUUGGUGCAGAGAACUACGAGAUCUCUCUGGCUGCCAGAUUGGCUCAACACUACAGAUUGACCGAUAAACUGGCCACCCAUCUGGCCCAUAACUACGGAGACCGUGCUCCAGUUAUCAUCGACCUGUUCAAGGACCCAGAAAAUGCCAAGCCGCUCGGUUUGGGUGACCACCCAACUUAUGCCACUUUUGACCAUCCGUUCACCAUCGGAGAGCUCAAAUAUGCCAUGAGAUACGAGUACGCCAGAAGACCCCUGGACUUCUUGGCCAGACGGUGCAGAUUGGCCUUCCUGGACUCCAAAACAGCCCUGGCCUGUGUUGACGAAGUUGCUGACGUUAUGAGUAACGAAUACGGCUGGAAUGCAGACACCAAGAAACAGUACAUUGCCGAGGCUGUUUGGUACAUCAAUCAUAUGGGUAUCGAGCCUAACCAAGACUCGUACGGAACAUUUUAA